GCGCCAUAAUCAACAUAAAGCCCGCUCUAUCCCUUCUUUUUCUGUACUUAUUCCUUCACUCUCUUUUCAUCUCUUCUACAUGAAAUUACAGAUUUCUCUGUUUUCUAUACGAUUGCGCCUUAAACCACAGUCCAAAUCGACAUUCAUUCCGAUCUUAUUGUCCAGAACCAUGGCGACUGCUCGCCAGCAGCCCGCAUGGCAGCAACCCCCUAGUCACCCCGAUACAAAACUGCCAACUUUGAAAAUAUACAAUUCCUUGACCAAGUCCAAAGUACCGUUUGUGCCGAUUGAUCCCAAUGGCAGGAAAGUGACCUGGUAUGCUUGCGGGCCAACUGUAUACGAUGACUCCCAUCUUGGUCAUGCGAGGAAUUAUGUAACGACCGAUAUCAUUCGUCGCAUUCUCCGGGAUUAUUUCAAGUUCGAUGUACACUUUGUCAUGAAUAUUACCGAUGUCGAUGAUAAGAUUAUUCUUCGUGGCCGACAGCAAUACCUUUUUAAUAAGUUCGUCUCUGCGCACCCUACAAUCGAUGCAACCGUACUUGAUACCGCCAAAGCCGCAUUUAAGACCUACUUAACGAAAAAUUUGCGACUACUCAACCCCGAGCUGUCACCCUUAAAAUUUCAGAGCGAGGUGGAGAAGGUUUAUGCGACUCUAUUGAAUGGAGGUCCUCUACCUGGAAACGAGAAGCCCGGCGACGAAGAAGCCAAGGCAAAGAUGCACAUCAAGACACUGUCGUCUGCGGCAAAGGUUAUUGCAGAGGCCGAGGUCGUUCCUCCGGCUUUGAGUGAGACUUUCUAUACGGAGGCACAGGACAUUUUUCUUCCGUAUCUUGAUCAGCUUGAGGGGUCUACAAUCGAUGCCGAUGAUCACUCUAUCUUCACAAAGCUUACCAAAAAAUACGAAGGACGUUUUAUGAAAGAUUUACGAGAUUUGAAUGUCUUGGACCCUGAUGAACUUACUCGCGUUACUGAGUACGGUCCGCAAAUCGCUCAAUUCGUUGAACGCAUUGUGGAGAACAAAUUCGCGUAUGUAACAUCAGAUGGCUCCGUCUACUUCGAUAUCAAGGCGUUCGAAGAAGCUGGUUUUCCAUAUGCUAGACUAGAGCCGUGGAGUAAGUCAGACGGCAAACUCAUUGCAGAGGGAGAGGGAACUCUGACCAGCAAGACAACCGAGAAACACUCGCUGUCUGAUUUUGCACUAUGGAAGGCAUCCAAACCAGGUGAACCUAGCUGGUCUAGCCAAUGGGGUAAGGGCCGGCCUGGAUGGCAUAUUGAGUGCUCGGCCAUGGCUUCAGAUAGAUUGGGCAAGACUAUAGAUAUUCAUAGCGGUGGAAUUGACCUGGCUUUCCCGCAUCACGACAAUGAAUUGGCGCAAAGCGAGGCUUAUUGGAACACUCAUACGCAUGACCAGUGGAUCAAUUAUUUUUUGCACAUGGGACAUCUCUCGAUCCAAGGCUCAAAAAUGAGUAAGAGUUUAAAGAACUUCACCACCAUCAGAGAAGCGCUUGAACGUAAAGAUUGGACCUCUCGCAGUCUGCGAAUUGUAUUUUUACUUGGACACUGGAACGGCGGUAUUGAAAUCACAGAAGACCUUGUCAAUACCGGUAAUGCGUGGGAGGAUAAACUAAACAACUUCUUCCUUAAGAUGAAGGAACUUGACAUCCUGAAGAAAUCGAGUUCCGGAACAGACCAAUCUUUGGGCGAGGCCCUUGAGUCGACUAAAGCGUUGGUCAACGAACACCUCUCUGAUUCCUUCAAUACUCCGGCAGCGAUGGCCGCCAUCUCCGACCUCGUUACAAAAUUCAACUCUGUAGACAAGGCCACGGUCAAUCCUGAGCAUGUCGAGCAAAUGGGUAAAUGGGUGACGAGUAUAGUCAAUAUAUUCGGAUUGAAUGGAUCUGCGUCACCUGAUACUACAGAGAUUGGCUGGUCUGGAAUCGAUGUGCCGGAAGAGGCGAAACCAUACCUGUAUCCUCUUUCUGCUCUACGCGACUCGCUUCGGGAGAAGGCGCUUUCUAAGGAGGGCAUUUCUGUUGAGGAUAUCAAGAAUAUCAUCGGCAGCCAAGCCGAACCUGAGACGGUAGCAUCGGAGUCUGCCAAACCAUAUGCCAAGGUGCUAUCAGACUUUAAAGAUACAGUCUCCUCCCUCGACAAACCAGACGCCAUCGGAAAAGAAAUCCUCGGCCUCUGCGACCGUCUCCGCGAUGUCGAUUUAUUCGAUCUCGGGGUCUAUCUCGAAGACCGCGAAAAUCUUCCCGCCUUAGUCCGACCUGUCUCAAAGGAACUGUUACAGCUACGGGAAGAAAAAGCAGCAAAAUUUCGCCAGAAACAACUCGAGAAAGAAAAACGUGAAAAAGAAGCUCUCGAAAAGGCUGAAAAGGGCCGUUUGAGUCAUUUGGAGAUGUUUAGGACGAAUGAGUAUAGCGCCUGGGACGAUGAAGGUCUUCCGACUCGUGAUGCUGCGGGAGAAGAGAUCACCAAGAGUCGGACGAAGAAGCUUAAGAAGGAUUGGGAGAGGCAGAAGAAGUUGCAUGAAGCUUGGUUAGUGGCUAAUGGUGCAAAGUAAAAUAAAAGUCUGGACGUAUUUGUUUGAUGGGUUUUGGUGAUAGCAGUGUUGAUUCCGAGUAAACAUUGCAUGGAAGGCGUUUUGAUCAGCCGAUCGGCUUCUUGUUUUUGCUAGCUGUGUAGGUAAAUUCUCAAUAUCAUUGCUUAAAUACCCCUUAUA